AUGAGCAACGCACAGCAUAAAGGUGGGGCGCGGAAGAUCUCCUUCAAUGUGAGCGAGCAGUACGACAUCCAAGAUGUCGUUGGUGAAGGCGCUUACGGAGUCGUGUGCUCCGCCGUCCACAAGCCUUCCGGACAGAAGGUGGCCAUCAAGAAGAUCACUCCAUUCGACCACUCCAUGUUCUGCCUCCGGACGCUGCGCGAGAUGAAGCUGCUGCGGUACUUCAACCACGAGAACAUCAUCUCCAUCCUUGACAUUCAGAAGCCUCGCAGCUACGAGACCUUCAACGAAGUUUACCUGAUUCAGGAACUCAUGGAGACCGACAUGCAUCGUGUUAUCCGUACACAAGAGCUCUCGGACGAUCACUGCCAGUACUUCAUUUACCAGACGCUGCGCGCCCUCAAGGCGAUGCACUCUGCGAACGUACUUCAUCGCGACUUGAAGCCGUCCAAUUUGCUGCUCAACGCCAACUGCGAUCUGAAGGUGUGCGAUUUCGGUCUGGCGCGGUCGGCCGCGUCGCAGGAGGACAACUCGGGCUUCAUGACGGAAUACGUGGCCACUCGUUGGUACCGCGCUCCCGAGAUCAUGUUGACGUUCAAGGAAUACACCAAGGCGAUCGAUGUCUGGUCUGUGGGCUGCAUCCUGGCCGAGAUGCUGAGCGGCAAGCCCCUAUUCCCCGGCAAGGACUAUCACCACCAGCUCACUUUGAUUCUAGAUGUCUUGGGCACGCCAACAAUGGAGGACUACUACGGCAUCAAGUCGCGCCGCGCCCGAGAAUACAUCCGCUCGCUGCCGUUCAAGAAGAAGGUGCCGUUCCGGACGCUGUUCCCCAACACGUCGGAGCUGGCACUCGACCUGCUGGAGAAGCUGCUCGCCUUCAACCCCGUCAAGCGCAUCACGGUGGAGGAAGCCCUCAAGCACCCCUACCUCGAGCCCUACCACGACCCGGACGACGAGCCGACGGCCCCGCCCAUCCCGGAAGAGUUCUUUGACUUUGACAAGCACAAGGAUAACCUCAGCAAGGAGCAGUUGAAGCAACUGAUCUACCAGGAGAUCAUGAGGUAG